AUGGCGAAGAAACUUCGAGCAGCCAACUCCAUAGACAAGAUAUCAGAGUUACCGACAGACAUAUUGCACAAAAUACUAUAUUACCUCUCCCACAAAGAAGCUGUACGGACAUCUCUCUUGUCUAAAGCAUGGCGUUACAUUUGGUGUACUCUCCCCAAUCUCGAUUUCUCAGACACCUCUGCCUUCACCAACAAACAACAUUUUGUAUCCAUUGUGAACUCCAAUUUACAGCGAUACUUUGAUCAAAGGACUUGCUUACAAGAACUCCACCUCUCUAUAUCGCUGAAUCAUUCCGAUCGAGGAUUGGUUUCGCUUCUCAAAAGAUGGAUCCCGCUACUAAAAAAUAUGGGUACAAAGAAGUUUUGUCUUUCUAUUCGUUCGGCGCGACAUAUUCGAGCAUGCGUCGAACUGCCGUCUGUAGUCUUUGGAGCCGAAUCUCUCCAUUACUUGCACGUGCAAAGAUUCGUGUUGGGCCAAAAGGCUAUUCAAGGGCUUGUGAUCUUCAAGCAUCUAAAAUCACUUCAUCUCCAACAAGUCUGCAUCGACGAAGAUAUUUUUCACAAGAUAAUCUUAAGUUGCCCUUCGAUUGAAACCAUGCGCGUCGACAGAUGUAUGAGGUUAAGAAAAAUUAAGGGGAACGAUCUUCGUAAUCUAAAGGACUUUUUCUUUUCAAGGUUUCAGAAUGUAGCCUUCAAGGAGGGACUUUGUCGAAUCGAAAUCCAUCCACCAUCUAUUGAAAAAAUAAAUAUUACUUGCGGUGAUCUUUGGUUACAGAGAGGAGCGAAUUUUCUUAAUCUCAAAGAUUUAUGUCUGCGCCUCGUGAGAUCGUCACUGGACCACUUGUCGUCGUGUAAAUUUCCAUGUCUUCGAUCCUUGAAGAUUUGGGAAUGCGAAGGACUCAAAGAAUCCCAUAUAUUCAUUGAUGCCCCAAAAAUAGUAUAUUUUGAAUAUGGGGGAGACUUUGUUCCACACAUCUCUAUUAUUGCAACAAGUUCCCGUGUGUGGGAUUCGUAUCUAAACCUAAGAUUUUCAAAGGUUACUUCUUUGUGGUACUUCAAGCUAAAUAAACUGCUCAAGUUAUUAAGCCAUUCGAAUAUUUGUGUGGAGAUUAAUCAAUAUUCCAUGAAGUAUAGGGACAUGAUUGUUCAAGAAAACAUUAAUUUGGGACAAGACGACAACUGUGAUAAACCUGUUGUGGUGGAGAGAUUGAGUUUGCGUUGUCAUGUAUCUCUGUUUUCGUCUCUUUUAGAAGGUACGUUUCGCAUUUGUCGUCCAAGAAACAUCGGUGACUACCACUACAGAGGGGAUAUCAAACGGAUCGAAUGUCUAUGGAAGAUUCUAAUGAAGAGAGAAAGUGGAAGGGAAGACCGUAAGUUCUCGGAAGUAAGAAUGGAGAUAUAUGAGAGGAAUAAAGAUUUGUGGCAUCCGACAACUUUGUCACAACUACCAAACUAUCAACCCGGGGAAUACACUGUUACUCGCUUUGCAAUUAAAUGGUAA